CCGGAAAUAACGACAUCGUGCUGAUCCUGAUACGUUCGCUUUCUCGUAGCGCAGUUUUUAUAUAAUCAUUAAGUGACAUUCUUCAAUGUUUUGAUAACAAAUAGACUGAAUGUAUAGCGGACUUCUGCCCAAAGGUUUCACUGAAUCCGAUCUCAGCUCAGAUGCCGAGGAGGUUGGACAGUGUGAGGAGGAGCAAGGGAAUACAUCGAAUAGUUCUACUGAAAAUGUGAGGGGCAUAGCAGGACAGAGUACUCUGACAGCGGUUGAAGUAGACUCAUCUCAAACUCCUGCUGAUCCACAGCAGGACAAAGAACCCCCGACAGACAUUCUACCUGGGAUUUCCCAGGAAAUGUGGCAAAAAUUCAAAGAGCUACAGAAGAAGAAAGAUGAACUCCAAACGUGUCAGAAGGUGCCCAGAAGAAGACGCAAAAGAAAACACAAGAAAGGAACAAGCAAUGAAGUCGCAACAAAAGAGGGGGAGCAUCGAGGAGGCUUGGGGAAGCAGUGGGAUGGGCUUCAGCAGUACUUUGGUGUAAACGAUAGGUUCCAGCCCCCUGCGUCCAGCACUGCUGACCUUCAGUCCGGCCUAGAGAAGAGGAUGGAGCUAGCCAUCGCUGAAGGGGACUUCGCGGGAGCGGAGGAGAUGAGCGACAGCCUCGCCACUCGAGAGUUGGCCGUGAAAAUCACGCAAGCCGCCGAUUGUCGAGACUACGUGCAACACAAGCAAGAGGAGGAGGCCUCGCGAGCGGCCCAGAAGCGGAAGGCGGUCGCCUGGGGGUUCGAGGCCAAGAAGAGAUGGGAAACCAAGAGCAACAUGGGUUACAUGUAACCGACCCCGAGCUGACCACGAGCCCAGAUCCUACGGUACCCCCAGACCGCGCUGCCUCCAGAAUAUGUUUUACAUGUCGGUAUAAUGGCUAGCAGAUGAGGCGUCUUUGUCACCCUGGUUUGGAUUUUGCCAAUGGACUCCGGCAAACCGUCAAGGGGUGAAAGUUGCCCGAUUAGCGGCAAAAAUGUCCAUCAAAAGCGUUUUGGGGGGAAAGAAAUGUACUGAGCAUUUAAAUUAACUCCUCGGGGCCCUCUUUGGUGACAGCGCCGUGUGUGUGUGUGUGUGUGUGUGUGUGUGUGUGUGUGUGUGUGUGUGUGUGUGUGCGUGUGCGUGUGCGUGUGCGCGCGCGCGAUUUCUAUUUCAUUUGGUUUCUCGUGAUUCAAGUAUUCCGGCUUUUCCCUUUUUUCCCGCCUUGAAUUAAAUCUGGUGUACAUUACCGCAUGAUGCGUUUAUUUAUUGCUGUAAAGUGGGUUAAUCAUGAAGGCGCUCCUCCUUUAUACGGAGGAAGAGAAAGGCAAGAUUAGGGCCCUAAUGCAAUGUACAGAAUAAUGUGCGAGAGGAUUUGUGAGCACAAAAUGAAAUUUGGCCGCUCUAAACUGUUGUGAGCGGUCGUAAACUGAAACUUGAGUGAAUAGUGGAGGAGGGGGGGAAACACACGAGACAUGAAUCAGAGGCUUUGCUUUUGGCCGCCGCCCAUGCUGCGAGGGAAGCCAUUGUUUCUUAGUCCAAACAUGAGUUUAUCCGAGCCUACGCAAGCCACUCAUCACGCAUGCCACCAGUCCCCGCGUCAUGUAGACGCUAGGUUGGUGUGCCGUGAUGCACUUUGAUCAGGUUUUUUUUAUUAUUUAUUAUUUUUGUACGAGACACUUGCCUCUCCCGAACCCCCUAUACUUGUGAAAUGUGUGUGUGUGUGUGUGUGUUUCCUCUCAUUCAGAUUCCAGGACAUGUUAACAUAAUUGCAAACGGAGCGCCAAAAAUGCAAGAAUGAUAAUUACUUUUAUUCAAAGCAACGUAAUUUCACUCAGCCAUGGAAAAUGAUUGCUUUGCUUCAAGGUAAUGAGAAUUAAAAUGAUUCCAACUAAGUUGUUUGCAUUGCACAUAUUUGGACACUUAGUUGCCGUGUGUGUGUGUGUGUGUGCGUGUGCGUGUGUGUGUGCUGAAUCUGUAUUAUCAAUUAUCUUUGCAUUAGGUCAGCAGAAAUACUAGUGUUACAUUUGUAAUGCAAAACACCUCAGAGGAAUGUUGGCAGCCCACCAGUAUAAAGUUUUUAUUACACAUUGGCCUAAAAUAUUAAAGCUUUUGGAUAAUCAC